UGAAGCGUGGAUGAGAGUGGAGGCGAUUGCCAUCGAUCGAGAUAGAAUGCGGUGGUGUGCUCGAAAGUGGCAGGAAUCCAAGGGUGCAAUGCGACAGUGGAAUGGAUGCCGAGCGCCGGAGCAUCUGAGAUGUUUGCCCGGUUUGGGAAGAUGAGAACGGAUACGAGCAAGAAAUAUGGCUGCAUCGUCGUGAGUGAUGCGAGCAAAGCACUGGAAAAGAGCCCCUUGCGUCGGCCAUUGUAUGUUCGUCCAUCCAACAAAGAUGAGAGGAGAGGACUCGGUGUGGGAAGGAGCAAAGGCUGGCACAAGGUUGCUGAGUCCAGGAUCAAAGCUAGCAUGAAACCUUUAAAGUCCGAGAACCGGAUCAUCAAACACAACUUGGAGAAAUCCAAGCAGCUCAUAUCGGAGGAGAAUGACCAGGAAGAAGACGAGAACAAGUCUCUCGAGUUACACUCUCCGUCACCAGAUCCAGAAAUCUGCCAGGUUGAUGGAAUUCCGGUCCAGUUUGGUCAGCAACACUCGACGUCCUCGACUCUCGGAAGUGCUUUUCAGCGCCAAGUUGAGCUGCGUACUAACAGCUCUCUGGAUGGUUUCACGAAAGACUCCGAAAGACCACUCCACUCGCCUGAGUACGUCGGCCAGGAUAUCGUUUACCACGUCUUCUAUCAGGACAAUCCUCUGGACAUAAUCGAGUCGCUGCUGGUGGCCAGGAAAUCGUAUGACUCGUCGGCGAAGCUCGAGGAGAACGAGAAACAAAGGAGCUCCGAGGCACUGGUGGAGACUCUUGGGAAGCUCUCGCAGCGGGGAGAUUCCACUGGAGCAGACAACUUGUCAACCCAAGAGUCUGCGACGUUGGAACAAGAGAAUAGUGUUGGGAUAGAAGGGACGACUAGCGAUCGGUUGCUGGAAGGGAUCAGUGAAGAGAUUCAAGUGAACUUACUCGACUCGAAGCAUGCUCAAGUGGAGGAGACGCCGCGGAGGCAUCGCUUUAGAGCGAGCUGGGACACUGUUCCGGCGAUACUGAAGAAGCAAGACAAGCGAAUCAGAGCAGAGGAGGGGGGAUUGAGCAAGGAUCUAGAAGCUGAGGACAAUCAAGGUGGCCAACUAUCUGACGGGGAGACAACCAUCAGCUGGAACAUUACCUCGCCAGAAGCCGAAAACAUGGAGCAGUCGUUGCUACAGCUUCUCAAUGCACGGUUGCAAGUUCUUAGCUCCCACAAGCUCAAGUAUCUUCUGGGGGUUAUGGAUAAACUCGAAGGUGGCGACGUCGACAUGCUCACGCCUCAAGAACAUCCUUGUGAAGGAGUUGAAGUUUCCGCUGUCAGCAAAACCCGUACCUUAUCUCUUCGCAUUCUAUCAACUUGGGGCGACAAGCACUUCGUUGGUCUUGUGCAGGUAGAUCUGUUUGACACUGAUGGCAAGAAAAUCGACGUCCAGCCUAUGCAAAUCACCUCGAAUUGUGAAGCUGCAAAAGAACUUGGCCGGAUUGUGGAUGGUGGUGUGAAUUCUAGCGUGUGGGAGGCUUUACUUCCCUUGCCAGGCUCUCCUCCUCUGGAAAUAUUCUUUCAGCUACCUUCGGAAGACACUUCGAUCGGACACCUUGAAGUUUGGAAUCACACCCAAAGUAUUGGCAAAGGUGUGAGGGACUUGCAAGUUUUGAUAGACGGGGAGAUAGCGUGGCAGGGAACGGUUUCAAAGUCAUCCGGGAGCCAAGUAUAUGAUUCGUGCACACGAAUACCACUGCGGGAAGGAGUGACAUUGCCAAAUCCGUCCAUUGGAAAAUCAAUCUCGAUAACUCCUCCAUCUCCGAAGCUGGAAUUCGAAGUUUCAAGGCUAAACUCCUCGUCUCCAAAAUUUGAAGACUCUGAAGUCGCUGGUAAUAAGCUUGCGACGAGGCAGGCCGUGGAAAAGGUUGAAACGGAGUCAAUAUGGUCCAGGGCUGCUCGUUACUUGCAGCGUAGUAUCGCUUCGAAAAGGGAACCACAACCAGAGGAGACCGACGACGCUGACGACAAUCUGCAAGCCGACAUAGACAAGCUCGAGGAAGACAAUAUGGAGCUCGAGGAGAUUGAAAGGAUACUAAACUCAGACGGUGAAGACACUUGUACUUUCUACAAUAAGUUCGAGCAAAAUGUGAGCCAGAAAGUUGUCAGUGCGAACUUGUCCGCGGAUGCAACGUAUGAAAUGUUCUCGGUCGACAUGCUCGACGAAUCAGCCGACAAAGCAGCGCUUCUCCAAGCUCUAAGCUACACCGACGAUGCAGACUUAGAAGAGCUAGACGGUGACGAGCAACAAAUAUCGGAGCUUGUAGCGCCGAGUGACUUCUCCAUUCCGCUCCUACCUCUUGGAAUGAAGCUGACGAUCGACAUUCACAGCUCAUGGGGUGAUCCACACUACGUUGGUCUCUCCGGCAUUGAGAUCUUUGACGACGCUGGACAGGUGGUGCACAUCGACUCGAGGAAGCAAAUCAGUGUGGGCUACACAACCGCAGCUCUCCUCUCGGGACUUAACUGCAGUCCGUGUCCCGUGGAAAGGCUGGUCGACAAUGUCAACCUGACGUGCGACGAUUCUCAUAUGUGGCUCGCACCUUUCUCUCCGGGACAUCCUUGCACCAUCACCAUUUCUCUCGAGGGGCCAACUUUGCUGGGAAUGGUCCGGUUUUGGAACUACAACAAGUCGACAAUGCAUACUUACCGCGGUGCCAGGUUGAUCCGUAUGUUCCUCGACUCUCAGCUCAUAUUUUAUGGAGAAUUGCGACGAGCAUCCGGCUUGCUCUCUGACGCUUACAACAAUGCUGAGCCAAUUCUCUUCACAAACAAUGAGGCCAGCCUGUGUGCCAUAGAGAUGCAUGACGCGCAAACUUACAAGAAAAAAGGCUCUCCAGGAAGCGACGGAUUACAUGACAUGAACGAGGAUACCGAGGCCUACAUUGGAAGUCCUUUACAAAAUCCCGUGUUUAAGCUCCCGGUGCCUUCCUCUCAGGGCAAGCGCGUUGGACAGUCAUUACACGACCACUGUGGUUCGGAUAAAGCGCCAAUGGGACGUGUUCUCAGGCUCAAUCUACUCAGGUCUUGGGGAGAUUGCUAUUACUUUGGACUGACUGGAAUCCAGGCUCGUACCUUUUACCAGAACUCCCACUACUUUCGCAUAACAUUCGUGUGCUGGACGAGAAUGGAAAUGCACACUCAAUUCAGAGUGAGUUUAUCACUGGAAAGCCAAGGGACUUGAACGAUAUACCAGGGCAUACCGGAGACUACAGGACGCUUGAUAAGCUUGUCGACGGAUGUAAUGUGACAACGGAUGAUCGGCAUAUGUGGCUUGUGCCGUAUGAUGGUCCGGAGGCUGAGCACUUCCUGGAGAUCGACUUUAAAAGGCCGGUGACAAUGUCA